ACAGAGAUAACUCGUCAGCGCUCCGAUCUGCGCCUCGCCAGCCUCCGGACCGCCGGCGCCCAGCUCGGCUCGUACCCGCGAAGGCACAGACAAUGCCUUAAUAACCCCUGAACUGUUCCAAUCCACGAUGUUUGGGACUUCCAGAACUGACUUCGGCCAGUUAAGGAAAAAAGGAAAAGAGAGCUUGGAAGGAAGAGAGGACGGGAAUCCACCUCCUGAAGAUUCCUGCUCCUCCUCCUUAGCGGCCGGACACAGCGUUGCUUCUCUUCUGUUGCCGUUGCUGCCAUUUGUUAACAGCACCAGAGUGCAGGACACAGCUUGCUUUCAUCAGGAGAGGUGUCCAGUGCACCUGGAAUUAUAUGCCCCAGGGGUGGAAACACAGUCCUACUAUUUGCUGCAGACUGAUUCAUACUGCACUGGAGAAAAGUGCAUCUCCAGAACACUUGCAAUACAUUGACAACAUCAUCAUAUGAGGUAACACAGCAGAAGUUACUGAGAAAGAUACCAAAAAUGAUGACUAGAAAGAUUAAGCUUUGGGACAUCAAUGUCCAUAUAACCUGCCAUUUGUGCAACGGAUACCUGAUUGAUGCCACCACUGUAACAGAAUGCUUACAUACCUUCUGUAGAAGCUGCUUGGUUAAGUAUUUGGAGGAAAACAACACCUGUCCAACAUGUCGGAUUGUUAUACACCAGAGCCAUCCAUUACAGUAUAUCGGACAUGAUAGAACAAUGCAAGAUAUUGUUUACAAGCUUGUGCCAGGCCUCCAAGAAGCGGAAAUGAAAAAGCAGAGGGAAUUCUAUCACAAACUGGGUAUGGAAGUACCAGGGGACAUCAAAGGGGAGACAUGCUCUGCAAAGCAACAUCUCGAUUCACAUCACAAUGGUGAAACUAAACCAGAUGAAAAUUCAAACAAAGAAACUUCUGAAGAAAAGCAUGAAGAAGAUAAUGACUAUCAUCGAAGUGAUGAACAGGUAAGCAUCUGCUUGGAAUGCAAUAGCAGCAAAUUACGUGGAUUGAAACGAAAAUGGAUCCGCUGCUCAGCACAAGCAACAGUCUUGCAUCUAAAGAAGUUCAUUGCUAAAAAACUUAACCUUUCUUCUUUUAAUGAGCUGGAUAUAUUAUGCAAUGAAGAGAUUCUUGGCAAGGACCACACACUCAAGUUUGUAGUUGUUACUAGAUGGAGAUUUAAGAAAGCACCUCUACUGCUACAUUACAGACCCAAAAUGGACUUGCUCUAGGAGAAAUUUAUUGUCCUUCUGGACUUUUUUUUUUUUUCAGAGACUAUCAUCUGGCACCUUAGUGCAGCACUUAAGUUUCAUGUGACAUGAACCAGCAGAACCAUUUUGGAACACUGUAGUGCUUCUAUAGCAGACUGUCCUUUAGAAUAUUUCUAGGGAUGUGCCGCAUGGAUUUUUGGACAAAAAAAAAUAUUUUUGUACAAAUGAAAUAAAUUACAACUCAGCAGAAUUCUACCAGCACUGAGUUUACAGUUAGUGAAAACACUUUACAGUUCCAUGGAGCUCAGCCUGAUUGACCUAUUUGUAGUUAUGCACAAAUAAGUUUAAAAUAUUGCUUUUACCACCAAAUUACUACAUUUAGUUGUGCUUUUGUCUUUAAUCUUUUACAACUUGUUUCAGAAUGUUUUUUGAGGUGUUAUUUUAUAUAGUAAGCCAAAUUAUGUCAAAUUUAAUCAAGCCAUUCUACAGGACAUUGGACAUAAUGAUACAAUAAGUGGUGAUAUUUAUU